ACCGUUCACAAUGGGAAUGUUUGAGUGGUUUACCUCAACACUCAAAAGAUAAUCUAAUCUUGAAUCAUAGCACAAUCCGGAAAUUUUGUUGUUUAGUCUUUUCUAAUGUUACAAAGUUCAUCAUUUUAACAAAGACCCAUUUUUUUCAAUAUAUUUUUUUUGGUUCCUUACAAUUUCAAUCUCUUGGAAAAUUAGUGGUGUCACAUCUUACAUAGAUAACCAAGAACAUAUAUUUUUUUCAAAAAAAACAUUCUGUUCAUUUUAAUGUAUAUGAUGAAUUAAGGAACUUUUCAUUAGUUUUAAGUCACAUUGAAAAUGCUUUAAACUGCAUCAGUUUUACAAUAGAAGGAGCUUGAUCUAUCAAUCUCCUUCUUUGCCACAAUUCUUAUCUGGUUAGCAUCUAAACUCAUUGAUGAAUUACCUAUGACAUGAACACCAAACACGACACUGUCACGUAGACAUCGGUAAUAAUAUAAGAAAAUGGAAGUACAUUGGUUUUUGUUUGUGAAUGUGAAAGAAUAUUCACCACUUCUUUUAUUUACAGGUUUUGUUUAAGAUCAAAACCAGAGUUAAUUAGUUAUGGAACAAUUUAGACAAAUUGGUGAGGCACUAGGAAGUUUGAAAGCUGUGAUGGUGUUCAGAGAGAACAUUCAAAUCAAUCAGAGACAAUGUUGUCUUCUUCUAGAUGUAUUCAGCUUUGCAUAUGAAUCUAUUGCAGAUGAGAUCAUACAGAAUCUGAAAUUUGAAGAGAAGAAUGGAAAGUGGAAAGUUCUAGAACACCCCUUAAGAGAGAUCCAUAAGAUUUUCAAAGAAGGAGAAAAUUACAUUAGGCAUUGUUUGGAAAUAAAGGAUUUUUGGGCUAAAGCCAUUACCUUGUGUCACAACACAGAUUGUGUUGAGUUUUACAUACACAAUUUGCUAUGUUGCAUGCCUAUUGUGAUCGAAGCUAUUGAAUCGGCUUCCGAGACAUCAGGUUGGGAUCAAGAUGAGAUGCAAAGGAAGAGGCUUAUCAAUUCCAAUAAGUAUAGAAAAGAAUUUAGAGACAUGAAGCUUUUCAAGUGGAAAUUUGGGAAGCAGUACCUCAUUACUCAGGAUUUGUGCAACCGCUAUGAUACGGCUUGGAAGGAAGAUAGAUGGCUUCUUUUCAACAAAAUCCAUGAAAAGAAAGUAUCAGAUGCUGCAACAAAGUAUGAGAAGAAAUUAAUAGAUUUACUUUCGAGGAAUUCAGAAGUAUCAGAAUCACUCGAAGCUAAGCUUCUUUCAAGUUCAAUAUUGGUUUGUUCUAAGGACUAUCAGGUGAGGAGAAGAAUAGGGAAUGGAAGUCAGUACAAAGAGAUUCAAUGGUUAGGUGAAUAUUUUGUUUUAAGACAAUGUUCUGGUGACACUGAUGCUUUGGAAAGUGAGAUUAAAGAACUUUUAUCUCUUUCACAUCCAAAUAUAAUGGACUGUCUUUGUGGUUUUACUGAUGAGGAGAAGAAAGAAUGUUUUCUGUUGAUGGAACUGAUGAGCAAAACACUUAGCAAUCAUAUUAAAGAGGUUUAUGGUCCGAGGAAGCGAUUACCAUUCUUGCUUCAUGUAGCGGUUGAUAUUAUGCUUCAGAUUGCAAGAGGAAUGGAAUAUAUUCAUUCAAAGAAAGUGUAUCAUGGAGAACUAAACCCUUCAAACAUUCUUGUUAAGCCUAGAAGUACCUCUCCAGAAGGUUACUUGCAUUGCAAGGUAUCAGGUUUCGGUCUACCUUCUGUUAAGGACUUGAACCAGAAAGGGAAUGCAAAUCAAAAUGGAACCCUCUCAUUCAUUUGGUACUCUCCAGAGGUACUUGAAGAGCAAGAACACUCAGGGGGUGUGUCGAUAUCCAAGUACACGGAGAAAUCUGAUGUGUACAGUUUUGGAAUGGUUUGCUUUGAGCUUCUAACUGGAAAAGUUCCUUUUGAAGAUAGUCAUCUUCAAGGGGAGAAAAUGAGCAGAAACAUAAGGGCAGGAGAGAGGCCACUUUUUCCACUCAAUUCACCGAAAUAUGUUAUCAACUUAACAAAGAGAUGUUGGCAUACCGAUCCAAAUCAACGUCCGAAUUUUUCGUCCAUAUGUAGAGUUCUUCGUUAUGUAAAAAGAUUUCUUGUAUUGAAUCCUGGUUACAAUAGAGAGACAGACCCGCCAGUGCCACUUGUAGAUUACUGUGAUAUAGAGUCAGCACUUUUGAGGAAGUUUCCUUCUUGGGGAAGUUCUGAAUUGUCGCCAAUAUCUAAUAUUCCUUUUCAAAUGUUUGCUUAUCGAGUUAUUGAGCGUGAAAAAGUAAGAACAUGCUCUAGGGAUUUCUCUGAAUCUGGAAGUGAUGCUUCGGCAUGUGGUGAUGAGCUUGUUACUUCUGGUGACGAGCCAUUUCCAUCCGUAACAGAAAAGAAAUCUUCACUUGCACCUGAGAUUGUAAACAACAGGAGGCUUACGACCAGGAAAUCUCUAGAUAUGAGGAUCAAACAACCAGUUACACCGAAAGGGAGACUAGAUAGACCUCCACAAAUGUCCCCUCGAUUGAGAAGCAUGCGGAUUAAUUCAGCUAAACAUCUACUAUCAACUCCAAGGAUAAUAAGAAGAUCAUCUUCUGGUCAUGUCUCAGACUCUGAGCUAGCUUAGAUCAAAACAUAUCAUUUGCAAUUUGCAAGGAAGAAUUCACAUAAUCAACUCAAGUAUAGUUUAAAUUAAGGAAUUCGUGACAUAAGUAGUUUGUGAAUAAGGAUAGGAAAGCAAAAAGUACUGUGAUUGACUCCUUGUAUUCAUACCACAUCAAGAGUCUCUUC